GUCACAGGAGGGAGCUGUGGCAGGGCUAAGGAACAAGCCAGCUUGCCCUGACCUGCCAUGGCAUAGAGGGAAUCUGCCGCAGGGAAACUGGCUCCUGUGGAUGUACUUUUGGGCUCCUGGGUGCUCCAUGGGUCACAGUCAUUGGGGCGGGAAGAGGUGUCCCGCACUGGACUGCCCCUGUGCGAUGCUGUGGUCAACUUGGCUGGCGAAAAUGUGCUCAACCCUUUCCGCAGGCUAUUACUGUCCCAGCCCCACAGCUGAGUAUACUGAAGACAGUCCUGGAGGGGAUUUCGACUUCUUCUCACGCCUGGUGAGCUCCUGGGAGGCUGCAGCUCUCAUCCCUGGGAGCCCAACUCGUGGAGUUGUGGUGAGAUCAGGUGUAGUGCUGGGUCGAGGUGGUGGUGCAAUCUCUCAGAUGCUUUGGCCUUUCCGUCUGGGACUUGGAGGCCCCUUAGGCUCUGGGCUCCAGCCCUUCCCAUGGAUCCAUAUUCGGGACCUGGCUGGGAUCGUGUGUCACGCCCUGGAGAGUGAGAGCCUGCGAGGUGUCCUCAACGGUGUCGCCCCAUCCUCCCCUGCCACCUCCAACGGCACCUUUGCUCAGGAGUUGGCUGCAGCCCUGGGGCGCCCAGCCCUGCUGCCAGUGCCUGCCUGGGCUGUGCGGGCUGCCUUUGGGGCAGAGCGGGCUGUCAUGCUACUGGAGGGACAGAGGGUGCUGCCAAAACGCACCCUGGAAAGCGGCUACCACUUCAUCUUCCCUGACCUGGCUGGAGCUCUGAAGGACAUUGUGGCUUGAGGCCUCCUCGGCUGGGCUGGGCCCUGUUUUUGUGAGCUCACAUGCGUUCCCCUGGGUGAAGGAGAGCAGCCCUGCCCCUGGACACUUCCCCUUCCCCAUCCCCAUCCACAGAGGGUGAGCGAUGUUUUCCCCAUCUGCCUCCCUGUGUGCACCCCCAGUUUGAGUCAUCCCUCUUACUGCCAUCUGCAAUCUCUGCGUUACCUGCAUUUGGGGAAGGGCACAAGCCCCUCUAAGGAUUGUGACUGUGGAAUUGCAUAUCUUUCCUUUUCCACAAUAUGUAUGUGAACUGCUGGCAAAGCAGCUGGGGCUGUAAUGUCCUCUUCCCUGAGAGGUGGCUGGCAGCAUGAAACUGGUUGUAAUUAUCAGCUUUGUAAUACUUCCAUUGAAGUUUUCCCUCCUGUCUUUCCUCCAUGAUGACAUAGAAACCUACUUAUGCUCUUCUACUUUGCCUUUCUCAGUCUCAGUGGUUGU